AUUCUUCGCGAUAAUCUGAUCCCUGACCCCUUCACCAUGACCAAUCCACAUGCUUGGCCGUCACAAGGAGGCGGGGUCUGGUGGAGGGGCAACAGUUGCGGAGCGGUUGUGUCCUCUGACGGUUUGUGACUUGAGGGAUGUUUGCAGGCGUUUGUAUGGCCCUCAGGGCGAUAAAUAUGGACAGUAAUUAGAUCCGAAGGGUUACUGCCCGGGGGAGAGCACCCUUUCGCGGAACGGAAGUGUCCCUUAGUCUGUGAUUACAGUGAUAGCCCCUUCACUGCUCAUCAUGUUGGCUCAGCGUUUCCGCAGUUUGGCGCUCCGUUUGCAGCGGGCCCUUGGCUCAAUCCCUGCAUGCCAAGGUGUACCGAAGCUCUUACCAUCUUGUGUUGCCCUUCAGCUGUGCACUGCAAAGAAUUUAACGUCGUCUGAGUUCAAACAGAGCGAUGCGAACCAGAGGAAAACAUCAAAAGCUCAACUAGAAACAAUUCACCGUGCUGACACCGGCUCUUCGUCUUCUGUAUUUACAGCCGGGGCAGCCAGCAAAAGAGCAGAGUCCGCAAAAAGCCGAAUGGGUGUCGAAAUGGCUGAUGCUUCAACAGUGACAAAAGUUACAAAAACGUUAGUUCCACUGAAGCCUUUAAAUGUAGAUGACUGGAAGAAAUUGAAAAAGGAAUCGUACAAUAAAACUCGUUUUGCAGUAAGCAUGAUGGAAAAACUGCUGUCUGCUCGUGCUGAUAUUGAUGUGGCUAAAUCGCUUUUAGUUUUUGUGACAAUGGAAAGUGGUACUGUUGAAUAUGAACUCCUUCUAAAGUAUUUGGCACUGUGUGUCCAACAGCAGCAUCUGACUGAAGUACUUGAUUUAUAUGUCAUGAUGAAAUCGAGAUUCAAAGUAUUGGACAUUGGAGCUUACAGCCUCUUCAUUAGUGGCUUUUGCAAGACAGAUCGUUGGAGAGAGGCUGUGGUAUUUUUAGAAUCAAUUAAAAAACUGGUUACCCCAUCACCAAGGAAUUAUGGGGAUAUCAUUAUUUCUGCACUCCAACAUAAAGAAGUAGAAACUGCAUGGAUAUUGCUUAAAGAAAUGGAAAGCAAAAACUUAAAACCAACUGAGAGCACAUUGCAAACAUUUUUUGAUCAUGGCAAGUCAUUUUAUGAUGAUCAGUAUGAAAAUAAGAUAAUGUAUAUCCUCUUCUACCUGAGAAACAAUCAGAUAUAUCCUGGGGAAGGUUUAAUGCACAGUAUCCAUUCAUGGUUUGAAAGCAUCCCAGGCAACCAAUGGAAAGGGCAUGAAACAACUAUAUUACAGAGUGGAGAAUGCCCCAUAUGCAACACGUUAUUGGAAUCAAUUCAGUUGAGUACAGAAGAAUAUCACAUGUUAAGAGAUUGUGUGAUGAACGACAUUAUUCAAGGGACAGAUACUUUUAAAAAGACAACUCCUCAGGAACUGCAACAUUUCCAAACCUUUGUGAAAAACCAUCUGCCUUUUGAUGUUGUAAUUGAUGGAUUAAAUGUUGCUAACAUCGCACCCAAGGGUAAUCAGUCCAGAAUUCUUCUGGAUGUAGUGUCUUUCCUUGCAAAUCGAAACAUGCGACUUCUUGUCCUUGGACGGAAGCAUAUGCUGAGAGGAACGCGCAGCUGGGACAAAGGUCAUAUGGCUGAAAUACAGAAGUAUGCUGACUGCUUCUUUACAGAAAAUAUUUCUGAAGAUGAUCCCUUCUUGUUAUACGCAACUAUACAUUCAGGCAAUCAUUGUAAAUUCCUUAGUAGAGACCUCAUGCGGGACCACAAAGCUUGUUUGUCUGACCAGAACACCCGAAGACUGUUCUUCAAGUGGCAGCGUGGACACCAGCUUGUGUUGUCAAGGUAUAAUCCAAGGAAGAGGAUGAAAUUCGAGAUCAUAUCAAGAUAUGACACCAUAGUACAGACUUCACAUGAUACUUGGCAUAUACCAUAUGAUGAAGAAGGUGUAGAGAGAUGUUCCUAUGAAGUUCCACGUAAAUGGUUGUGUCUUCGAAAACAUAACUGAAGAGAAGCAAUUGAUAGAAAUUUUGAUGUGCCUGUUCUCUUGCUUUAAGGAAUUGUUGUGUUCUGUUUUUACAUUUGAUAUUUAUUUAGUGGUUCUGGAAUAUUUUGUUUUAUUUCUCAAAUUGCUUUGACAUUUUCCAUUUUUUCUUUUCUUGUGCUGUGAUUUGUGUUUUAAUAUGAAUUUCCAGGUGCCAAUUGUCUUUUACCACUUCAGCCAAAUGACCAUUCUUCCUGUUUCUGUCUAGAUGGUAUCAGCAGUGUUUUUGAACCUGUUGAUAUUGUCACCAUUAUAUUGAUGACCCCCAUAGUACAUAAUUUUUUUUUUAUAUAUCCUACAUAGCAUAAUGGAUAGUUAUAAUGAUCUAUAGCACCUGACUCCCAUUUUUCCAUGUUGUUUUCUCCUUCUCUAAAUCCCACCUCUCCAUCAAACUCUCUUAGCCAAACAAGCAAUUUAAUCAGUGAUUUUUAAAAAAUAAAUGAAAAUGCUGACCAACAAAGUUAAGCCAAUGUAAUGGCUUAUUGUAUUCCAUGUCAAGUUAUCCUGGUAGAGUUCCAAUAACUCAGUACAAAUAAAGAAUUCAAACUUAUUGAUCUUUAUAUAACCUAAUUGCCACAUUAUGUACCAAUAAUUACAAACAGAGUGCUGGAGAGAUUCAGCAAGUUUGGCAGUAUCUGUGAAGACAAAACAGAGUGAAUGUUUUGAGUCCAGUGAUGACUCUUCAGAACUGCCAGCAAUUUCCCACUAGCAAUUUGUUUUUAUUUGUUUCAGAUCUCCAACAUCCACAGUUCUUUGUUUUAUUGUUAUGUACCAAUAUGACACUGGUAAAAUUUGGACAUUAUUUAAUUGUUUGGUUACAUAUUUGAAUUAAGCAUUCAGAAUUAUUUGCCUCUUAGGUUACCCAAGGGCUGCUGUGAUGUAGAUGAUUGUCUUGCGUAUAUAAAUUGCAUUAUGUCUGCUCAACAAGUUCAUAUUCUGAUUAAAGUAGUAUUAUUGAUAGUCUUUGAACUUUGCAAAACCUAAUUAAUCAUGGUUAGAAGUCACAUGACACCAGGUUACAGUUUAUUUGAAAUCACAAACUUUUGCAGCACUGCCCCUUUGUCAUGUGAAGUGAAGAGAAGCAUACAGGCCCAGAAUUUACAAGCAGAGAGGUCAGUGGGCAGAGAAAUCAAAAGAUCAUACAAAUGGUGUGCAUGGAGUGUCAACAGCUGACUAAUUUCUGGCCUCUGACAAAAUGAUUUUUUAAGCUUCAUCAAAAACAGCAGCUGCGCUUUCUUAAUUCUCAAUGUUACUAGUGCUUAACUUAAAAUCCUUGACAGAAAUUGUUUUAGAAAUGAUCUGGCAAUGAAAUCUGAAGCAUAAUUGCAUAUUCAGCAGUCUUGGAAGUAUUGAGUUCUACGACAUAAAACAGAACGUUUGGCUUAUAAAGCAAGUACCAUCUAUUUUACUGCAUUGAAGUCUCUACUCGACUUACCUACCCUUGUUUAUUUCCCCGUAUCCUUAGCCAGACUCUCAAUUAUUCUGCUGAGUGCAAUUAUUUCAUUUCAUAUUAAAAGAACUUCUGUUUCAA